GCACAGACUUCUCUCCCUUCCAGCGCUAGAGAGUUCCCAUCAUGGCGCCUCCCACUCUCCACACGGACGUCGCCAAUAAUCCAGAAACUCUGAAAUUAUUUAUUGCUGCAAAAUUAUCCAACCGAAAUAUUAAUGUUGUUCACAGGAAGAAAGAUGAAAGAAUUAUUCCUUAUUUGUCAAAAACGCAACUGCCAGUCUUGGAACUGGCUAAAGAUGAUUUCUUGUUUUCAGCAAACUCAGCCACCAGAUAUCUGCUCAGCGGAGAUGUUGUUCUAAAUGAUGCUAAUAUUGAUACCCAGGUAGAUAUGUGGCUUCAAUGGGAAGCCUGUCAAUUACAGUCUACUGUAAAGGAUAUAAUAUCAAUUGCAAGUGGGAAGAAUGUUUCUAAAGAAGACAACGGCCCAAAUUUGGCUUUGCUUCACUCUCACCUGAAGUAUAUGGAGGAGAAGCUGAAGAGAAACGAUAACAACCUUGUAAAAGGCCAAAUGACCGCUGCUGAUGUCACAGUUUGGUCAACAUUGUAUCAUGUAUUCAAUCAAACAGAUAUCAUUAAAGACUGGGAAAAAAAUUAUCCUAAAGUGUCGUCCUGGUUUAAAUGUUUGUCUGGCAAGAAAGAUUUUCAAGAUGGAGUUAAUCAACUGACUGACAGUCAAAGGACUGUAGCUCUAACGGAAUCUGUUUGUAAAAGUAAUCAGAAAUCCUCAAAAGCUACAUGGGAAAGUAAGAGUGAAUCAAAGCAUCAAGGCGACCAAAAGCCUAAAUCUCUGACAUCCAAGUUACCAUUGAAGCCAGCAAAGCAACCUGAAAACCAGGAAGCAGCCAAUGAUGUAUUAGUGAACAGCAAUGAAAUUUCCAAAUCUGUUGCUGCAUGGAAACUUCCACUUACAACAAAUGCAGUUAAAAGAGAACAUCCCAUCUUACCUGUACCUGGUGCCCGCAACAUUCUUAUUACAAGUGCAUUGCCAUACGUGAAUAAUGUCCCUCACCUGGGCAAUAUUAUUGGAUCAACUCUCAGUGCAGACAUUUUCUCAAGGUAUUCUCAGUUGCGUGGCUAUAACUGUCUUUAUAUCUGUGGAACAGAUGAAUAUGGCACAGCAACGGAAACUAAAGCUAUGGAGGAAGGACUCACACCACAGCAGAUUUGUGAUAAAUACAAUGUAAUCCAUGAAGAAAUUUAUAAAUGGUUUCAUAUUUCAUUUGAUUAUUUUGGUCGCACAACAACCAAAUUACAAACUGAGAUUGCUCAGGACAUAUUUUGGAAGUUACAUAAGAAAGGUUAUAUCUCUGAAGAUACUGUUGACCAAUUGAAAUGUGAAAAAUGUGAUCGGUUUCUUGCCGACAGGUUUGUUGAAGGAAUCUGUCCCCUGUGUGGCUUUGAUGAUGCCAGGGGAGAUCAGUGUGACAAAUGUGGUAAACUAAUCAACGCCAUCGAUUUAGUGAAACCUCGCUGUAAAACCUGCUCAAACACACCCAUUGUCAAAUCUUCUCGACAUCUCUUCCUCGAUCUGCCUAAGCUGGAACCGGAUUUAAAGAAACACUUGGAAAAUGUCUUUCCUAAAGGUAUUUGGACAAAUAAUGCAAAAGUAAUCACAAAUUCUUGGUUGAGAGAUGGUUUGAAACCUCGCUGUAUAAGUCGAGAUCUGAAGUGGGGAACACCGGUGCCUUUAAAAGGUUUCACUGACAAAGUCUUUUAUGUAUGGUUUGAUGCUCCUAUUGGCUACAUCUCCAUCACAGCGAAUUAUACUGAGAAAUGGGAAAAAUGGUGGAAAAAUCCAUCUCAGGUACAAAUGUAUAAUUUCUUAGGUAAAGACAAUGUACCCUUUCAUAGUGUUAUUUUUCCUGCCACAUUGCUGGGUGCUAACCAAAAUUAUACUCUGGUUGACAGUGUCCUUGCUACAGAAUACCUUAAUUACGAAGAUGGAAAGUUUUCCAAGAGUCGUGGCGUUGGUGUGUUUGGUAAUAAUGCAAAAGAUACUGGAAUACCUGCUGACAUCUUCCGCUUUUAUCUUGUCUACAUGCGUCCAGAAUCUCAAGAUACUUCGUUUUCUUGGGAUGACUUCCAACUGAAGAACAACUGUGAAUUACUUAACAACAUAGGGAACUUUAUUAAUAGAGCCUUGAUGUUUAUCAGCAACAGUUUUCAGCAGACAAUCCAGGCCAUGGACCUAAUUGAGGGAGAUGAAAAGCUCAUUGCUCAAAUUAACAAACUUUUGCAUCGUUAUAUAGAAAACAUGGAAUGUACCAAAAUGCGAGACAGUCUUCGAAUCUUGCUUGAAAUGUCCACUCUUGGUAACCAGUAUAUGCAGAUGCACAAGCCUUGGGUUUUAGUGAAAGGGACCAAUGAAGAGAAGCAACGUGCUGGCACAAUUGUCAGUUUAUCCAGCAAUAUCGCAGCUCUUUUAUCAGUGCUGCUGCAACCAUUUAUGCCUCAGACAAGUGCCACCAUUCAAUUACAAAUGCAAUUUCCUCCUGAGAAAAAUGUGAUUCUUAAUAAUUUUUCCUGUUAUUUAUUAACUGGACAUAAAAUUGGUAAGCCAAGGCCAUUAUUUCAAAAGUUAGAAACUGACUUCAUCCAAGGACUGAAGAAAAAGUUUUGUCCAUCACCAACACCAACGGCAGCAGCAUCAAACAAAACCGACCAAGCUGCAGCUGCCACACUUGGUUCAGAAGCAGACGUAGACACUUUAAACCAGUUAGUAACAGAACAGGGUCUCAAAGUGCGGGAACUGAAAGCCAAUAAAGCUGAGAAAAGUGUCAUUGAUGGUGAAGUUGCUAAGCUUUUAGACUUAAAGCGCCAACUUGCUCUGAAACAAGGAAUUGAUCCAGCUUCUCUUGGGAAUAAAAAGAAAAACAAAAAGAAGUGAUCAGUUAUUUGGAAGCCACAAUUUUUCCAAAUAGUGUAUCGUUUGACUAAACUGCUAUGGUUUUGUCAAACUACCGAAUGAAAACAAAGAAAUCCCAUCAAUAAAGGAAAAUUAUCUUUUCAAUU